UCAGAGCGGCGCACGCCAUGCAGGUCCCGCAGCUCCUCGCCUCGGCCUCGCGCCUGCCGCCCCCGCGGCACGGCCAGCCGCAGCCCUAGUGAGGAGGAAGAGGCGGAGGAGGAGGCGCCGCCCCCUUGGCGAGCUCGGCGCCCCGGCGGCCUUGGCAGGACCCAUGGCGGAUCUCUCGCCUGCGCCGGCCCUGCGGGAAGGCGGCCCCCGUGCGCACCGGCCCUCGGCGCCCUCCCCUCCGCCGCGCUCUCGCUCCACCUCGGAGCCCGAGGAGGCUGAGCUGUCGCUGAGCCUGGCCCGCACCAAGACCCGCUCGUACGGCAGCACGGCCAGCGUGCGGGCGCCUCUGGGCGCCGGCGUCAUCGAGCGCCAUGUGGAGCACCGGGUCCGCGCCGGGGACACGCUUCAGGGCAUCGCGCUCAAGUACGGAGUCACGAUGGAACAGAUCAAAAGGGCCAACAAACUGUUUACCAAUGACUGUAUAUUUCUGAAGAAAACGCUGAGCAUCCCAAUUCUAUCAGAGAAGCCUUUGGUGUUUAAUGGACUUAACUCCAUUGAUUCUCCAGAAAGUGAAACUGUUGACAGCAGUUUUUGUCAUGAAGAGAAGCCUGUAGUGUCUGAGGAAGAACUACCCCCUCCCAGUCCUCAGGACACGGACCCCAAGCCUGUGCAGCCUGAGGAAGUGUCUGCUAGAGAUUUCCUGCAAAGACUUGACUUACAGAUUAAACUAUCAACACAGGCAGCCAGGAAACUCAAAGAAGAGAACAGGGAUGAAGAGAGUCCCUAUGCUGCUUCUCUUUAUCACAGUUAGUGUCUGGCCGACGGACUGAGCCAGAUCACAGAACGGCUGGACCCUAAAGAAUCCACUGGCCCUGCUUCAGAAGCAACGCCGCUCCUGGACUCCCAUAGUGCACCUUUGAGUAGACCAACUGCAGCUGCCCUGAAGUGAGCAGCUCCUCUGGCUUUCUAUAGUUAAGUCUUACUAGGGCAUGGCAGCAACACUGUAUUUAUUCCAAAGCCUUUCACUUUUGUAGAUGGUGGUAGUUUUAGACCGGCUUUUGUAGAUACAAAAGGCAUCAGAGACUCUUUAUAUAUUUAAGCCAAAAGCUAUGUUUAUUUCCUGAUGAGAUCCUAAAUGUAUGGAGAACAUGGUGAUUGUGAAGUGAUAAUGCAUUUGCUGUGUGUUUAUAACUCAAGUGAUAUAAUAUAUAUUUCAAUAUCACAUAUUCUGUACUAAUGUAAAGAACCAAAUUUUGUCUGCUAUUUUGUAAAAGUAAACUACAGAUGUCUGGAUGAGAGAAUAAACUAUGUUUUCACAUAGGAGCCUUCAUUUCUUUUAUUCAAAAUGGGGGAAAGAAGAUUGAUUUGGUUUGAUUUGGUUUUUGUUCAGAAGAUAGGAAUUUAUGUAGUGCAGGCUGACCUUGAACUCACUGUGUAUCUGAGAAUGACUUUGAACUCCUGAUCUACUUCUCUCUACCUUCCAAGUGCUGGGAUUCCAGAAGAACAAAUCAAACCAUAUUAGCAGGAGAUAGGCAGAAUUCUGUUGACAUUGUAUCUCUGUGUCACUUCAUUCUGUUGACAUUGUAUCUCCAUGUCACUUCAUUUACAGUGUAUCAUUGCUGUGCUCAUCGAAUUAAAAGUUAGGUUUUUGUUUCAUUUAA